AUGGCCCUUUACACUUGGGCACACACUCGACGAGGCAAUACAUUCAAAGCCGAUCCAGAGAAUUUUGAACUGUUUCUCAAGUGCUUGAUGCCGCACUCCUUUGAUUCGUCUACCCAUGAAAUCAAAUUCAAGUGUGGCAUUACUCUCAAUGUAUCCGAAGUCCGCGGUUGUGACUCGAUAGUGGUCGAGCCCACAAAACUCUUGACCUAUCGUUCCAAAGGCUUUCGAUCAGAGUAUCUGUUCUGGGAUGACAUCACAUAUAGUCUCCGACAGGUCGAUCUGGUCUCAGCCAAAAGACCAUGGAGACCAGCUACGCAAUUCGCUGACGUACAUAAAGGCUGUCGUCUACUCCUGCUGGACUAUCCGGAUUCUCCCCACCGCUUUGUUGAUGUGCUAGAGCCGGAAGAGUAUCAGAGGAAAUUGGCUGACUGGAAGCGUUGA